AUGAGUUCAGCACAGAAGGACUUGGUGCCAAAAAAAGUCAACGUCUGUGGUAUGGGAUUAAGUUACUUUGGAUACAGGAAGGCUGAUGUAUGGCAGAACCAGGGCAGUAUGGGUGUGUGUCCCCUGCUCCUGCUCCUGCAUGUGGCCUUUGUGGCCCUUAGCACGGCCCAGACUCUCCCUGAGCUUUCAGGUGCGGUCCAGACCACCAAACCUACACCACAUCCUCCUACGACACCCGUAAUUAUAGCCACCAAUGCGCCCCCAACUGCCGCUCCAUCUUCCACACCGUCCCCACAACUUAUUGCGACAAAAGCAUCCAAUGACUCUGAGGGCACUGUGGCCCCAGAGGCUCCCACUGCACCUCCAGUCGUCUCCCCUCCAACUGUGGCCGUCCCCACAGAGGCACCACCUGUACCGCCAACCCCAUCUGCCACAUCCCUGUCUCUCACCACCAACAAAACUGGAGAUCACCAGACCACCGUUUUGGCUCCAGCAGGGACGCCAACGCCUGAUCCCACAUCCACCCAGUCCUCUUCAGAGCCCGAGACGGAGACCUUGUAUACCCCAGCUGAUGCCACCACUGCUGACGUCAACAAGCCGGAAGGUGAAGAGCAAGAUGACACAGCUAUCAUGGCGGUGAUGGUUGCCUUGUCCUCUCUGCUGGUCAUUGUCUUCAUCAUCAUCAUCCUCUACAUGCUCAGGUUUAAGAAGUACAAGCAGGCAGGGAGCCACUCCAACUCCUUCCGCCUGACCAACGGCAGAGCUGACGACACAGAACUCCAGAGUGUACCGUUAUUGGCUCGCUCUCCAAGCACUAACAGGAAGUACCCACCUCUUCCUGUCGACAAGCUGGAGGAGGAAAUGAACCGCCGAAUGGCUGAUGACAAUAAACUCUUCCGGGAAGAAUUUAAUGCGCUGCCGGUGUGUCCCAUUCAAGCCUCAUGUGAUGCUGCCUCCAAGGAGGAGAAUAAGGAGAAGAACAGAUAUGUCAACAUCCUGCCCUAUGAUCAUUCAAGAGUUCAUUUGACCUCUCUGGAGGGUGUUCCUGACUCAGACUAUAUCAACGCUUCCUACAUAAAUGGAUACCAGGAGAAAAACAAAUUCAUUGCAGCACAAGGACCAAAAGAAGAAACAGUCAAUGACUACUGGAGGAUGAUCUGGGAGCAAAACACUGCCACCAUCGUCAUGGUUACCAAUCUGAAGGAGCGGAAAGAGUGUAAAUGUGCUCAGUACUGGCCUGACCAGGGAUGCUGGACUUACGGAAACAUCCGCGUGUCUGUAGAGGACACAAUGAUCCUGGUUGACUACACCAUCCGGAAGUUCUGCAUUCAGCAGGUGGGGGAUGUGUCCGGUAAAAAGCCUCAGAGGCUGGUCACACAGUUUCAUUUCACCAGCUGGCCUGAUUUCGGGGUUCCUUUCACUCCGAUUGGCAUGCUGAAGUUCCUGAAGAAGGUCAAGAACUGCAACCCCCAGUAUGCUGGACCAAUAGUGGUUCACUGCAGUGCGGGUGUUGGCAGGACGGGCACCUUUAUCGUGAUAGACGCAAUGCUGGACAUGAUGGGUGCAGAGAGAAAGGUGGAUGUUUUUGGGUUUGUGACGCGGAUCAGAGCCCAGCGCUGUCAGAUGGUCCAGACCGAUAUGCAGUAUGUGUUUAUUUUCCAAGCGUUGCUGGAGCACUACCUGUACGGGGACACGGAGUUGGAAGUGACGUCUCUGGAGACUCACAUGAAUAAACUCUACGCUCCUUUACCGGGAGCUGGCUGUGGAGGCCUGGAGGCCGAGUUUAAGAAACUUACCUCGAUUAAAAUCCAGAAUGACAAGAUGAGAACAGGAAACCUGCCUGCCAACAUGAAGAAGAAUCGUGUUUUGCAAAUCAUUCCAUAUGAGUUUAACAGAGUGAUCAUCCCUGUAAAACGAGGAGAGGAGAACACGGAUUACGUCAACGCCUCUUUUAUAGAUGGUUACAGGCAGAAGGACUCGUACAUGGCGUGUCAGGGGCCGCUCCAGCACACCAUCGAGGACUACUGGAGGAUGAUCUGGGAGUGGAGGAGCUGCUCUAUCGUUAUGCUGACCGAGCUGGAGGAGAGAGGACAGGAGAAGUGUGCUCAGUAUUGGCCUACUGACGGUGUGAUGGUUUGUGGAGACAUGUCCAUUGAGCUGAAGAGGGAGGAGGAAAGUGAGAGUUACACUGUUAGGGACCUUCUCGUCACCAAUAACAGAGAAAACAAGUCUCGAGCUGUGAGGCAGUUUCAUUUCCACGGUUGGCCUGAGGUGGGCAUCCCGUCUGAUGGGAAGGGCAUGAUCAACAUCAUCGCUGCGGUUCAGAAGCAGCAGCAACAGUCUGGAAACCACCCAAUCACUGUGCACUGCAGUGCUGGUGCAGGACGCACUGGGACAUUCUGUGCUCUGAGCACAGUCCUGGAGCGGGUGAAGGCAGAGGGCAUUCUGGACGUUUUCCAGACAGUGAAGAGUCUAAGACUACAGAGACCGCACAUGGUGCAGACACUGGAGCAGUAUGAGUUCUGCUACAAAGUGGUCCAGGAAUACAUCGAUGCCUUCUCUGACUACGCCAACUUCAAGUAAAGCCACGCUCACCAGACUUUACCAGUCUUGCACUCACGUCCACACUUUCACGUAAACACAGCUAAAUGAGACAGACUGCCAGCGCAAAGCAAAAGGGAACGCAAAAAACCUUUGGCCGGCAACCACGAGAACAUGAUGCCGAAAGUGGAAUGAAAGAAAAAACAAAGCAAACACCAUUAGAGAUGCCUUCUUGGAUAUUUUGUAAUAUUGCUCUUGUUAAUACGGCCCUUUCCCAUUUUUCUCAGUGUAAAUAUGCUCUUGUAAUUUUGUUUGUUUCUUUUUGGUUUUAGAAGCUGUUUCGUUGCGGCUUUUAGAGUGACCUUAAUAUAGUUUACUGGUAUAUAAAUGCAUACAUGAAUAUUUUAAAACGGCGCUAUGGAGACAGACGUUAAGAGAGCGGUAGCAAGUGGAGGGUGCUUUUCACUGAGUGUUUUUACAAGAAAAUUCCUCUUUUUCUGCAGUUGAGUGACUGAAAACGAUUUAAAUGGCAGCUCAAUCCCUCUUUGCUGUUGCCUGUAGCUACGUAGCGCACAAAGUGACAAAUUGGAACCAAUGGAGGUGCAUUAGGCACAGAAAUCGAGCGUGUUCACGAUUAAAAGAAAUUCACUGUGCUUUCCGAUUGCGUUCACUGGAGUGACAGAUAACAUUUUGUGUGUUUUGACACUCUCAUUGUGUCCAUUUUUAUUUUUAUUUUACAUUUUUUUUGGCGGGUAUGACUAAAAUGGUCAAAUGUGUCUUUGUGCUGUCAGUUUUGUUUCAAUGGGUCAGAACCGAUUUGUUAUCCGCUUUAGUCCAAACUAGAAAAUAUUAGAGUAAGACUUAAAAAGACAAGAGAAGAGGAUUCCCUGAGCAUUUCGAUAAAAGGAAAUACAGCUUCAGACUGUUCUUGUUAUUUCUUUUCUAUCAUUUUGUCCUCUCACAAAGGGUGUACUUUCUUCAUCCUAACUUCUUUUCUAGAUUACUCUAUAAGCACCUUCUGUGUUUGUGAUUGUAACCAAGGAAGUGAUGUGUUUACUCGCCUGGAUGUCUGUUUGAUUGGCCUUAACAACUGUACACUAAGCUUUCAUUAUGUACUGGCAGUUACUUUUCCUUCCUUCCAAGAUUAAUGGUCCCGCCAGGCUGACUACUGGUGCAUAAUAGAUCCAGAAAGUUCUAUUCAAAUUGACACAUGAUCACCUGAUCAUCUGUUCCUGCCCAUUUGAAGGACUUCAGCCUUUGUGCUGAAGUAAGUGAGCCCUUUCCAGCUCCACUGAGCCAGUUAGAUCCAUAAACGGUAGAUAUUAGGCCCAUAGUGGCGAUGAGUGCUUUUAAUUUCUCCUUUCUAAAAGAACUGGUGGAUGAUGGUAUAAAUGAGAAUGUUUAUGAUCGGUUAAAUUUGUGAAAGUGCAACACAUGGUUUGUUUUUUAUUGGAGACGUUAUAUGAUGAAAGCUAAACAUGUAAUGCUGAUUGUCAUUGGAUUUUUGGUGAAUGUUUUCUGUAGGUUAAAUGGUUGAUUCAUCCCAAAGUUAAAAUUCAACGUCUUGCUCUCAUCUUAGUGUCAUUCCAAACCAUUUUUAAAACAAAUGAAAAUGUUUUUAAUCAAAUCUGAUUGAUUUCUGUUCCAUUGAAAGUCAUUGAGUUUCCAAAACAAAUAACUCCAGUGGUUUAAUCCAAUCUUUUAAAGAGACAUGAAGACUUUAUAAGAUAUAUAUUUAUAUUUAAUUUAGACUUUUAAUCACAUUUAAACAUUUAAAAUGUUUGCUCAUUCAAAUUUGGUCACCGAGACUCAACCGUGCUUGCUUGGUGUGUGACAACCAAUGACAUUUGUUCUUGUGCAUUAGGGUUGACGCGAUACUGGAAUCGUGGAACUUGGUACCAAUCGAUACAAAAAAUUUAAAAACGUCCAUUUCCUGUGAACAUUUGAGCGCUUUUGAGCACGUUCGUGAACACAAUAGCAAAACUGCAGUGUUAACAAAUGUGCGCAAAAGCGCUCAAAUGUUCACAGGAGAUUUUCGAGCACUUUCAAAGUCACGUCGAUUAGCUAGUUUGUCUAUAAGCUGACAUACGAGCGAUCAGCUAAUGAAUCACAGCUUUAAAACGCUCCGGUGUCCCUGUAUCUGCGGUUACACUCAGUUGACAAUUAUGAGUACGGUGAACUGAUGACCUUCACAGCCAAUCAAUUUCCAAUUUCCAUUUCGAAGUCACAUCGAUCAGCUGGUUUGUCGAUAACAGGGGUCACCAAUCUCGGUCCAGGAGGGCCGGUGCCCUGCAGGGUUUAGCUCCAACUUGCCUCAACACACCUGCCUGGGUGUUUCAAGUAUACCUAGUAAGACCUUGAUUAGCUUGUUCAGGUGUGUUUGAUUAGAGUUGGAGCUAAAAUCUGCAGGACACUGGCCCUCCAGGAACAAGUUUGGUGACCCUUGGUCUAUAAGCUGACAUACGAGCAAUCAGCUAAUAAAUCACAGCUUUAAAAUGCUCCAGUGCCCUUGUAUCUGGUU